UUUUAUCUCCCCCCCCCCCCCCCCCCCCAAAGGACCUCGGGAUUUCCGCUGCCUCUUGCGCAAUUGCCUGCCCCAGAUCGACCUCCUUGCUGGGAUCGCUCUGGCAAUUACGUUGAUCGACAGUCAUCGUCUGCGAUCAUCCGCAUUGCGCAGGACAUAUCUACGGCCCUGUCCCGCCGCCACUGUGAAGUCCGCUCCAGGCUCUUUCACAUGCCGUCGCCGGCCUCAGCAGUGGAUUUCUCCAAUCUGCUGAAUCCCCAGGAGUCGUCCCAGGCGGACCGCAUCGAAACUGCUCCAUCCGCUGCAGAACAGAACAACACGACAAUGGCCUCAUCGGUCAGUCUACUACCGCCUCUCAUGAAGGGUGCGCGGCCGGCCACCGAAGAGGUGCGACAGGACCUCCCUCGUCCCUACAAGUGCCCUCUCUGCGAUCGAGCCUUCCACCGUCUCGAGCACCAGACCAGACACAUCCGAACGCAUACGGGCGAGAAGCCUCAUGCCUGCCAGUACCCCGGGUGCACCAAGCGUUUCAGCCGUUCCGACGAGCUGACCCGGCACUCGCGCAUUCACAACAACCCCAACUCGAGAAGGAGUAACAAGGCGCAACACAUCGCGGCCGCUGCGGCCGCUGCUGCAGGCCAGGAGAAUGCCAUCGCGAGCGCUGCGGGCUCGAUGAUGCCUCCUCCCAGCAAGCCCAUCACCAGAUCCGCCCCCGUCUCCCAGGUGGGAUCGCCGGAUGUCUCUCCGCCCCAUUCGUACUCCAGCUAUGCCACGCAUAUGCGCUCGGGUCUGGCUCCCUAUGCUCGCAACUCGGAGCGGGCAUCGUCAGGUAUGGAUAUCAACCUGCUGGCCACGGCCGCAUCACAGGUCGAGCGGGAUGACCACCCCAGCUUCCACCAUCACCACGGCAGCUCUCGUCACCACCACCUCUUUGGCCGUCACCACCACAGCAGUGGUCGCCUCCCGUCUUUGUCUGCCUAUGCUAUCUCCCACAGCAUGAGCCGCUCCCACUCGACCGAGGAUGAGGAUGGCUACGGCCACCGGAUCAAGCGAUCCCGACCGAAUUCGCCGAACUCGACCGCUCCGUCGUCUCCUACCUUCUCGCACGACUCGCUCUCACCGACACCAGAUCACACUCCUCUGGCAACGCCUGCGCACUCUCCGCGCCUAAGACCAUAUGGCUCCAACGACCUGCAUCUGCCGUCGAUCCGGCACCUGUCUCUUCAGCACACUCCCGCGCUGGCCCCCAUGGAACCGUCUCCUGAAGGCCCCAACCUCUACGCGACCAAUCAGCACUCGUACGGCCCCAGCAUCAGUGAUAUCAUGUCGAGACCAGACGGCACGCAGCGAAAACUGCCUGUCCCGCAGGUCCCCAAGGUUGCUGUGCAGGACAUGCUGAACCCAGGUAGUGGGUUCUCCUCCGGUUCCUCAUCCGCAAACGCUUCCAUUGUUGGAGGGGACUUGAACGACCGAUUUUAAAAUGGCCGUUCCCCCCAAAUUCAACAUCAUCACUACUACAAAACUUCACGCAUGCCACGACACGAUUAGACUUGUUUUGCAUUUGGUACUGUUUACG